UUGCAGAACUAGCGAGGGUCGCAUUUCCCUCGUCCCCGCCCGGCUGGUGGACCCAACCCAACACGGCCGCACCCCCGGCACCGCCGCCUCCCGCGAUGAUCCGCGCGGCCAUCUCGCGCCUCGGCGCCCGCCUCCACCCCCAAGCCCACCACCCCUCCCCGGCUUCCCCUCUUCUCCGCGCCCUCUCCAGCGGCCGCGGCAAGCGCUCCUCCCCCACCGUGUCGCCCGCGGGCUCCGACGACGAGGGCCCCAUGCGCGGCCUUUUCGUGCUCUCCAGCGACCCCGAGCGCCCGCCGCGGCUGAUGGUGGUGCAGCCGCGCCUCCGCCCCGGGAGCCUCCUCGACUCGAAGCUCGCCGAGGCACUAAACCUCGCCAACUCCCUCGAGGAGCCCCGCGACGGCUUCUACCACGGCGAGCUCGCCGCCAAGAGCGCGCCGCCGCACCUCGUAGUCCAGAAUCCGGCCUCCCGCGGCCGCUCUCACGCCGAUACAUAUUUCGGACCUGGAACUGUGGAUAAUGUCAAGUGCUACCUGAGGGCAUCGGAUUCAGAGGAAGGUGUAGAUGCAGUUUUCGUUAAUGCAAUUCUCUCUGGAAUCCAGCAGAGGAACUUGGAGGUUGCCUGGGGAAAGCCAGUUUUAGAUCGUAUUGGGCUUAUAAUUGAAAUAUUCAAUGCUCAUGCUGAAACAAAAGAAGCAAAGUUACAGUCAGAGUUAGCAGCUCUCAUGUACAUGAAGACUAGGCUUGUUCGUGUACGUGGCCCAGGUGGACGACUAACUUUUGGUCCAAGUGGGGAGGCUGAAGUUGUCAGCGCACGAGGGAGAGGAAGUGGGGGACGGGGCUUCAUCAGUGGUGCUGGUGAAACAGAACUUCAACUACAACGCAGGAGAAUCCAAGAACGUCGUGUGAGGUUGUUAGCUCAAAUCGAAGAGGUGCGCCGAACUCGAGCAAUACAACGUUCAAAUCGGAAAAGGCAUGGUGGCUCGUAUGGUCAAGAGCUUGUAACUGUCGCAGUCGUUGGAUAUACAAAUGCAGGAAAAUCUACACUUGUGAGUGCACUUUCUGAAGCCGAUCUGUACAGUGAUGAUAGGCUGUUCGCAACAGUAGAUCCCCGGUUACGAAGUGUGAUUCUUCCAUCAGGGAGAAAAGCACUUCUUAGUGAUACCGUUGGCUUCAUCUCAGAUUUGCCAGUACAGCUAGUGAAAGCAUUUCAUGCCACCCUGGAAGAAGUCGUUGAAGCAGACAUGUUAGUGCAUGUGUUGGAUUCAAGUGCACCUAAUCUUGAGGAGCAUCGAUCUACUGUUCUGCAAGUACUGCAACAGAUAGGUGUUUCACAGGAGAAGAUCCACAAUAUGAUUGAAGUUUGGAAUAAGAUUGAUCUUGAGGACAAGAAUGCUGCAACUGAUGGGGUUGAAGAUGAGAUCUUCCUGACUGAAGGUGACGAGGAGGAAGACAUAUUCUCUGAAGACGAUGUUCCAUCAGAGCAAUCAUCUUUCUAUUCCUUAGAUGAUGGAGCAGAUUCAGAAUAUUUAUUAGAAGAAAAUUCUGAAGGUAACGAUGAUGAAGUGUCAUCUAAAGAGUCCGCUGCCGAGCCUAGUGAGAUGAAACCAAUGAACUCAGAAUUAUCAUCAAAAGAAUGUUUUGGAGAGCUUUCUGGCCCAGAUGCAAAUGGAUGCACUUUGACACAACCAAUGUCCACUUGUCAUGUGAAAACAUCUGCUGUGACUGGGACAGGAUUGCAAGAGUUGUUGGCGUUGAUAGAUAGGAAACUGACUGAACAACAAACGAUUGUGCAGAGAAGCUAUGGACCUUUUGAUAGAAAAUGGAGACAUUCUUCCUCUAUGGAUGGUGAAAAGGAUGCAGAACAGUAGGCUGUUUCGAUUGUUUGGGGAACACUGCUGCUUGCUGCUUCAUUAAGGAUUAUGUGCUCACAUAAUGAUUAAUUGCAGCUAGACACCAAAAUGCUGUGUGCUUGAGCCAUGUCAAGCCGGAAGCUUAGCCCCCAGCCUUGACGAAUUCAGGAACACUUUAGCCGUACAGUUGAACAUCCUUUGUUAAGUGGCCUUGGUUCUUCAUUCGACCCUGAAGCAGGGCUGCUGGACUUUUUGUUCACACGGUGAAUUAUGCCGUUUUUAAGGCUUCCCUAGUCUUCAAUUUGCUGUAGAGUUUGGUGUAUUAUACCCGAAAAAAUAAAGCUGUUGUAAUUCUAUGAUAUGUAAACAGCUCUGCGGUAGCAUGGAUAUUCUUUUUU